AUGUCGUGGGUGACGAGAACUUUCAGGUUUGAAAGGAAUGUUAAUAAAUAUCCUGAAAACUUGAGAAAACAUUUUCAAAAGAAUAAAGAAAUCACUAAUUUACCAUCAUUCAAGAAUUUUUUCCCAACCACUCUACCACGAUCACAACAGAAAACCAAUGUUGAAGCAGGAAUAAUGGAAGGUGAUUUGGCCUAUGUCACAACUGGUCCACAUAAAGGUAAAAUUGCCGAAGUAUUGUCGUACUCUUCAGAAUAUGAUGCAGUGUCCUUGAGUAACAUCUCCUCAAAGAAACUUAUUCCAAAAAUUUUUUGGCCAGAGGGUCAAACAUCACAUGUAUUUGACUUCCCCGAUUUCAUUCCAAGAAACCAAGUGAGAGUAGUUGGUAAAGAUAAAGACGAACACGGGAAUGUAUCCUAUGUUGUCGCUGAAGAUAUUGAGUUGAGGGACAGAUAUUAUGAUGACAGAUUCAAAAAGUUCAUGCCUAGACGAUUUGUUAAGUAUCACGAAAAUAUUGAAUUUCCGUGGCCAGAACCUCAGGCUGUAGAAGAUGGCCCAUUGUCAACACCAGAAAAUGUUGCAAUGGAAAGAACUUUUGAAUUCAACUCAAUAGCCAAGUCAGGAAUCCCCAAAGCCGCAUUAGCACAAUUGCGUAAUCCAUACUCAAAGUACAAAAAGAAGACAUUGAGCGGAUUACAGGUUGCCAAAUUGAAUGGUCCAGAAAUGCCAUUGACUAUUGAACAAAAGAUAUGGAUUGCUAAAAACCAAGAAAACCAGGCUGAAAACAAACCUGAAUACGAACCGUUACUGGAAGAAAUCCAAGAAUUUAUUGGAAAGAAGAUGGCUGACCAUUUGAAUAAAAUCGAAAGUCCUGAAUUACGUUACCAUUUGGAUGUCUUAUCCAAUUCUGUAAGUCGCGAAUUUCAAAAAACAUUAGAUAUAAUCGAGAAAUCUAAAAGUCAAGGGGAUUCAGAGCUUACUAACAGCGCUGGGGAGUCUUCCAAUAAAGGCUCAUUGUAA